AUGACGGAACUAGUUGUGGGAGAGUCUCCUGGCCAGCUUGACAAAGUUAUUCUUACAAUACCUGAAGUUGACGAUGAUGAUUUGCCUUCAACAUUUGGAGACGAGGAUGCUUUGCUCUCGGUCAUUGAUCCAUCAAAAGCAAAGAGGGCAUCGUCUGAUAAGUGCAGCCCACCUUCAAUUGCAACCACAACGACGAAAUCAGUGACAACGGUAUCAAUAAGGUCAUCCGAACUACAGCUGAUGCAAAACCCUGAAGGCACGAUGUCUGUCAGCAGCGGCUUCAACAUUCCGAAAACAUGCAUGCAGCAUCUGAAGCUUGAUUUUCUUUCUUUAGGUUUGAUCGGCAGGGAUGGACAAGUUGCAGCCUUGAAAGAUUGCCUGGACCGUUUGAUGGAUGGUAAUGCUUCAAGUUCUCACAAAGGCGAGCUUUCGACGAAGCACCAUCUGAAGCAAUUGGUAUUCCUUGGAGGAAACAGCGGCUCCGGCAAGACAACGCUCUCUCGCUCAAUUGAAGAGAUUGUGACCGAGCGGUACGGUGGGGUCUUGGUGGAGGGAAAGUGCGAAAUGCAGACAAGAGAUGAACCUUUCUUUGGCAUUGCAAAAGCUCUGGGAAAGAUUUGUAUUGAGGUAUCGAAUUCAGGCAGGGACUCGAAGAAGCUUGCUGACGAAUUGAUGGUCGAGCUUGGAGACAAAUUAGAACCCUUGCUGGAGGUCAUACCAGAACUGAAACAAGUUAUUCCGGAUUACAAGUCAGCCAUGUUGGAUGCUGAUCCUGACAUUCUUGACUUGGAAAAUGGGCUCAGCCGUUGGAAACGUUUCCUCCUUGCAAGUUUUGGAUUGCAUCAUAUCUGA